AUGAUGACAUUCAAAAUGGGGACCAUCAGGACCCGAGUUUCUUCUUAUCACUACUACACAAUACAAUCUACAAUUCAAUAUAAUUCAAUAAUACAUAAAUAACAUAUCACCCACCUCUCUAUAACCCUUUGUAAUACUUUUCUACAAAAACCAAUCAUCUUCAUGCUCAGAAAAAUGGCAACAGAAGCAGCAGCCCGUACCUUCUUCUCCUCACCUUACUUCGCCGUCGUAGGCGCAUCAACCAACCCCUCCAAAUUCGGACAUAAAAGUAAUUAUAUUAUAAGCCCCAAUCUAUUCCCAUCCCUCCCAAACCCAAUCAUCUCCCACUUAUAUCUACAAUCUCAGCUAACUUCCCCCUUCACCCUCUCAGUCUUCACCUGGUACACCACCCACGGUCUCCCCGCAACGCCCAUCAAUCCCUCCUCCCCAACCAUCAAAGUCAACACAACAGAAUACUCCACGCUCCCAUCUAUAUCCGCGCUUCCCCAUCCAACCGAAACAGGAGUAUCGAUAAUCACUCCUCCGAAAAUUACAAAGAAGGUGCUGGAAGAGGCGAAGAAGUUGGGGGUUAAGAGUGUGUGGUUGCAGCCGGGGACGUAUGAUGAGGAGAUUUUGGGGUUUGCGUUGAGGGAGUUUGAGGGGGUUGGAGGAGGAGGGGGAGUUGGGGUGCGGAGGGUUGGUGUGUUUUGGUUGAUGGGGUAAGGGCUGCUAGGGGCGGGGAGGGAGUUGAAGUUGUGAGGGUGGGGGUGUAGGUGAGGGGAAUGGGUGUGAGGAGGGUUAUGGGUUGUGGUGAAGGGGAAGUUUUGGUCGGGUUUGAGAUAUGGAUUGAGGAUAGGUUAUUGGGUGGUUUUCUGAGGUCUUUGAAGACUUUGGAAUAUAGGUGUUUUUAUAGCAUUGAAGCUUGAGAGAUAUCUUUGGAGAUGGAAUAAGUCUUAGUUUAAGUAGCUCUAUCUUUUUAUCAAUAUAUUCACAUCAUUUAAACCUUACUUA